CAGGUGGCGUUACACGAAGGCAAGGUCCGCAACUGAAAUUCGGGAUAAACGAACAAGAAGUCCGUCGCGUUCACUUGCUGGCAUUUAUGAAGACCCUUCGGGGGUAGCAAAUAUCAACGAACUAGAUAAUUCUAAUGCAUGAGUCCGAGGGUUUGACCUUCUUCGUAAACACAGUCGGCAUUGCAUUGUUUGCUCUGAUUAUUUUGUAUCACUGGAUAACAGUAUCGAGUGGAUAUUGGCUAAAUGUUGACGAAAACGCAUAUGACGCGAGGCCAAGACGCGACAUCCACAGUCAAGGAAGGCGGCUGGUGUUUUCUUGGACAUCCAAAUCCAAGUGGAUUUCUCCAGACAUAGAGUAGUUCGCCAAGGUCAUAAGAAAAAUGUUUUUUUUUUUUUUGUUUUUAACAACAACUCUGCUGCCAUGUGAUGUUUUGUAGAUGAUUCUGGCCCUUAUCUAUUUUAUUUGAACUUUGUGUAGACAUACACAAUGUGCUUAUGACAAAAUGAGAAUGCAGAAAACUGUUGUCAGAGUGGUAAAUCUUGGACUCAUUCCCUAUGCAAGUGCCUUAAGGGUUCAACAACAACAUAUUAAAAAACAUCUGGACACUUCAUCAAAAUCUUCAAACACUUUGUUGCUCUGUGAGCACCAGCCUGUGUACACUGUUGGAAUUCGGCAAGCGCUGUAUUCUGCGGAGGAGGAAGAGAGAUUAAGGAGUCUUGGUGCCGAGUUUUUUCGUACUAACCGUGGUGGGCUCAUAACUUUUCAUGGGCCUGGCCAAUUGGUAUGCUAUCCCAUCCUUAAUCUUAAUUUUUUUAAGAGGAGCGUUCGCUGGUAUGUUUGCCAGCUUGAGAGGACUGUGAUCAGUUUGUGUGGCAAAUUUGGAAUCGAAGCUGCCACUUCUCCAGAUACAGGCGUGUGGGUUAAUGAUAAUAAGAUUUGUGCUAUCGGUAUCCAUUGUGGGCGCUACAUCACAUCACACGGCUUGGCUCUGAACUGCAACGCAGACAUGCGAUGGUUUGAAAAUAUUGUGCCUUGUGGGAUUGUGGGUAAAGGAGUCACCUCUUUGAGCCAAGAACUGAGGAGAGAAGUCAGUGUUCCAGAAGCAGUGUCACCGCUGCUAAAAGCCUUUUCUGAGCAUUUUCACUGUGACCUGUUGCUGGAAGAUUCGGAAAUCAACACAAUUUAAAAUUGCUCAAGAUUAUUAGAUAAGUAGAGUGGUGGAUUGAACUUGUUAGUUUGUGAACACAUCUCUGGAAAACUUUUUUCCUCUGGUUUAUAAUUUAGGAAAUAUCACAUUUCCCUCAUUGUUUUAUUUGAAUCAAUGUCCAAAAAUAAACUCAACCGCCUUGUCGGUAUAGCGGGGAAUGUGGAGUUCUAUGCAAGGUCCUGGAAUAGUUUUUGUUAUGAACAAUUAUGCUACAUUCUUAUCAAGAAAUCAUAUUUAUUUAGAAAACAUUAUCAAAGCUAAUAAUUUUUUUACAAAAUAAAUCAGUAUUAUAUUGAAUAUAUAACUGCUGUGCAACCGCUGUGAGACAAUAUGUUUGUGUAUGGUGCCACACUUCAGUCCUCAAUUUUCUAAUUUUAUCAAACUAAUGAAAAUACAGAAAAAUCUCAAAAUAGCGUAUUCGGUUAAAAGAAUCAUGCAUAUAUAAACUUUGCUGUUGAUAAUUUGCUGUAGAAUUUGGUGCUAAUCAUAUCUUGACCUGCACAAUUCUAAAACGUAAUGCAGGAGCGGUGUAUGUAUUUAUAUGACUCACACACCUGAAUCAUAAAAUUCCAUAAUGGUUUUUUAUUUUAGUUGGUGACUUUCACACCUAAGUCAUAGCAUCAUCAUUGCACCAACAUCAAAUUUUAUUUUGAUGUGAAAUUGCUAAGUAGUGCUCAUACUGAAUUAGUCCAUGUAAAUAAACAAGGUUUACAUUA